UUUUAAUAUUUAUAUAUUUGUUCUGUUUUCAUGCUGAAUCAGAUAUGGACCACUUUAUUUUUGAGUGUAUAUCGAAAGAAAAUCCGACCAAUAGGAUAGAUGUUGAGAAAGGCUGGAAAUAUAUUUCAUUGCUUGAACAUACAACCGAAGAAAAAUCUCCAACCUCAAUGAAAAAUGAAACCAAAAGUGUGAGAAAAUCGUUCAGAUGUGCUAUGUACGAUGUCACUGACUAUGAUCUAGACGGAGUCAGAAUCAUACGAAUAGCUAUUGGAAAAUCAAGCGAUGAAAAAUUCAAUGUACAACAAUGUGAAGGCCUAGGUAAUCUACUGGGAGAAACUGCACUUCCAUUCGUUCCCGAGGGCGAACGGGAAUGGCCCGAUGGCUCAUUAUAUUUAUAUAUGAUUGGAAAGAAACCAUAUAUGUCGACAUAACAAUCAAAUAAGAUCUAAUGAGAAGAAUGCAGUAUCCAGUCUUCCAACUACAACUGCUACCACCAUCAGUAAUUAUAUACGAUAAAAAAAUAUUUUGUAAAUAAUGAUUAUUGAUCUUUAUUUUAGGUUUACUUAUAAGGGUUUUUUUUUAUAAUCAAUGACAUUAGUUAAUAUUACAGUUUUUUCUUAAAAAUGUUAUUUUAUUCAUCACCUAUUGUUUG